AGGGGAGUUUGACUGUAGAGAGAGAGUGGAAUUUAUGCUGCUGUGUGCCCUUAUAAUUUUCCGCACUUAAAAUUCAGUAAAGUCUUACAGGUAGUUUCCUUUAUUUAUUUAUUUAUUUGUUUGUGUAAGGUCUUAAAUUUGCCAAUCAAUGCCCCAAAUCUGUGUGUUUUUACUCUGGAGAAUGUAUGUGGGAGCAGUGCUGCUCCAGGGUAUUUAUUAUGCCUCGAAAUACAGCUCCCAGUGAACUUCAGAAGGGCAGGAGAAGUUAAUAUCUACAAGCCUACAGUGAAUUUUAUGAGCCUGAAGUGAAAAACCUUCUCAAGAUCAGUAGAAAAGACACUGUGAAUGCCCUCUUCCAAAGGCCAUUAGUGAGGAUAUGCUGUUCCCUGAACCAGGCUGUGUCUUCAAAACAUAAUUAACUCUGGUUAUCCCAUGGGGAGAUUUUGUCAUGUGGGAGAGUGUCUCUUCAGCAUGUGUAAACAGUACUUGUAAGACUCUAUCCUUCCUUAGUCCUCUUCUUGCACCAUAUUAUCCCAUUUAUUAUCAAGGAGUCAGAUUCUGGGUUUCUCACUACAAACUGUGUUCACCAAUAUUUAAUUUUGUCUUUUUUUGCCUUCACUUCCAGUGAAAGAUACUUUCUCUUAUUUUCUUUACUUCUUUUCCUGCUGAGUAGACUGGAAAAGAAAGCAAAAAAAAAAAAAAAAAAAAAAAAGGGAAGAUUGAAAAGAAGAAAACCAGGAAAAAAAAAUCCCAGCAAGAAUUAGUUCAAAUCCUUCUGUAGAAAACUCAUACUAUUUUUUGAUUCUGCUGGAACAGGAGCUUGCUUCUUCUUUAGGGCUUUUUUGCUACCUUUUUAUCCCCCAAGGAUGACUUUUUAAUGCAACUGUGAAUAGCCGCUGUUCUCCAUGCGUGUAGAGCAAAGCUGUACCUGUAAGCAUAUCCAUGAGAUGUGCCUUCAGGUAAGCCUUGUUCUAACCUGGAGGCUUACAAAAACACAUAGCUCAGAUGUUGUAAAAUGACCCCUUUAGUCAGGCAAGUACAGGUUUAUGCAUAAAGCAGAGUAUGAACUUGUAAAGCGUAGUCUCAGUAUCUGCUUGGUAUGUGGUUUUCCCAGGUGAGCUGGGGGUUGGCCAGCUGUGGCACAGUAUGUGCUUUCCUAACCUUCUGCCCUUCUCAGGGCAAACAAAAAGCCCAGGUCUUGCCAGUCAGCUCAUUAACUAUGUAGUGAAAUAAAAUCCCAUUUAGAACAUAUGGCACUGAUGUCCUCCAGGCACCUUUUGAAUAUCAAACUCAUGCAUUUUAUUCAGCAACAUUGUAAAUUUAGUCUUCAUCAGUGAUGAGUUCAUUAUAUCUAGCAGGAUAUUUUGGCCGUUACUGUGGGCCCUGCAUGCUCUCUCCCUUCCCAUAUUAUUUUAUUGAUAGCCUUAAAAACAAAAACCAAAUCUGAAACAAAAACAUACCACAAAAAACUACAGGAACACAAUUUGAAGCAAAAUACAUGUGUGAAUUAAGCCAUGCUUUGAUUAUAAGCUGAAUUGCUGCAAUAGCAUGUUCUCCAUAGCUGUUUCCUGAUUAAAGAGCAAUGGAGCUCUGGCAGCUGGGGGGGAGUGGAAUCCCACGGGCUCCUUACCUCCUGCAGAGCAAGUGAGAAACAUCAGCCAGGAUUGGAAAGUCUGCUGGGAUAAAAGGAGCCUGGUGGGACGUGGCAACUUGUCCACCCCCGCAGCUGAUGCUGAUGUGUGGUUUCUGCCGCAAGAGGGCAUAAGCAGCAUUGGGAUAUAUUAUGGAAAGGGGAGGGAUAUGGGAAGAAGCUUUUUAGGAUGCUUCAUGAGUAUAGUAGAUUACUCUACCUGAUACUGAACAGCUCAAAGAAAUGCUUUUGUUCCCCUUACUGCUUCCAGCAUGUUCAGGUAGGAAAUAAGCCUUGGAUGAUGACUGCUCAAGCUCUCAGGGGGUAGGUUCUAUCAGGUGGGAUGUCCUUCCCCAGUGCUACAUGUGUACAAAAGGAAUAGUGAAUGUUUUAUUUUUGUCUCAACAGGCAGAAGAGCUCAGGGAUACAAGUGCUGUUGUUAUGCUUUUGUUCCUGUUGGCAGGAUCAGAUAUGCUCUUCUCGGAAUGUGGUCCGGGAUGCCCUUUUCUCUUGCAGUGUGCAGUGAAAAGAAGACACCAAUAUAAAAGAAAGGUCCAGUCUCUCCCUUAGGUGUUGAACUGCCAGCUGUAAGGAACAGCAAGUCUUGCAGCUGUAGAAGUCACAGAUGCUUUUAAUGAGAUGCUACAUAAAAACAUUGUGUUGCUCAAGAUGCAUUUCCUGCAGUUGUUUGCCAUGCUGGAACCCAAGAAAGCUUUCUUUUGGUCCUCCAGUGAGGAAUUAUGAUGCUGUGGAUGCAGAACAUAGGAAGGCAGAUGCUGUCAUACUGUAAGAGGCAGCCAUUUGUCUUAAAGUUAUCAUCUGCACUAGGUUUUGGGUUUUGGUUGAUUUGUUUGUUUUGGGUUUUUUUCUGAUGCAGAUGUAUGACUAUUAGACUCAUUUCUUACUGCCUUCUCUUCUUGUGUCUGUGCAUGAACAUCUGUUAAGGAGAGGAUAUGGUUUGUUAGAAACCUGGGUGAGGUUCAAAGAUGCAAAAGGAGAGGGGCAGAGGCAGUGAUGUUGCUGCUGUUUCUGUGCUCUGGGUACUGCAUUACUCUGGAGAGGUGAUGCUGCAAACUGCCAAGUGAUUAUCUCAAGAUGGUCUGUUCUAUCUGUCAGCAACUGAUUGUUUUAGCAGUAAAUGAGUGGGGAUAAGAACAUGAUCUGCUGGUGACCAUCUUGUUGGGGGCCUGUCUUUGCAAACCUCUGUGUCCACAGUCCGUUCCUUUAUUGUCAAUACUUUUCCUGCCCAUUUGCAUAGAAAACAGUGUACUUCUUCAUUUUCUAGUGUCCUAAAAUUUUAUGUAAUGUUAACCAAACUGUAUGAUAUAACUCUCAUAUGACUACUUGAUUGCUUUGAUUCAUGGGCUGGUAAUUAAUCUAUAUUAACAGGGUACAUGCACAAAACAAAUUUUUAUGCCAAGCUGGACUGACUAAAGUUGCUCUUUGUCACAGUUUGUGCCCAUGAUUGUCUGUGUUCAUUUUUAUUAGAUUAGCUGUAACUGAAUCCUAAACUGCUCUUCAUCAUGCUUUUUUUCAAAUGGUGCUCUGAUCACUACUGUGGCUAAAACUAAAACUAAGGCAGUUUAAUGAUCAUGUCCUUUUCCCUUCCUGUUUUCCCUCAUUUCUUUUUCUGGCCUCUUAGCAGUACAGUAGGGGCCCAUGGACUCUACCAACUCAUUUUGUUUCCAUGAUCUAAUGUUCACUUAUGAUGCCAUGGCUUGAGGCAGCAUUACCUGGGAUUUCCAGGUAGUCCUCUAUCCAAGUCCUGCAGAGGCUCAAGAUUGUUUAGUUUUUAAUCUAAGUAAGCUCAAGUGUUUGCACCAUGGAUUGCCAGAGGCUUUAUGACUGCAUCCUCAUCCAGUUACCUACAUAGGAUGUUUUUCUGUUCCAAAUACAUACUUUUUUUUGUUAAUUUCUUAAGGUCCUAAUUUUUUUAAAAAAUCCCUUCAAUUGCACAUUUAGUGUAUAAAGGGCACAUAUUAAUGGAACAGUGAGUUCCUUAUUGUUAUCAACAGAGCAAUUCAUAUGCUCGAAAUGUGCUCAGAUGGUCUCCUGGCUUGGAACAGUAGAGUGGAAAGACAAACUCCUGUGUUUGCAGGCAGGUGUGCUCUGUCUCCUGUCACAGCUCAGUAAUGUUUGAUAAAGUUCAAAAUACAAAAGCAGCCAAACCAAAUCCUCUUUCCUGUAGAACUGGUAUUGUUGAGAGCUCAGGGGAUGGAGUGGGUGCUGUUUGAUAGAUCCUGACCACACAGGCAGCUGUCUGGGAGUGGUGAGUGCUGGAUUCUCCUCCUGUGCCGCCCAUUUUGCACUCCUGCUGUCUGUUAAAGGGGUUCCUAAGCAUUUGUCAUGUGCUGUAUGGUUCCAGCCCUGACUACUGACAGAUGGGCAGCAAUUUGCCAUUUAUUCUUUCAUUCUCUUCAGUGUGUCUGUUCCUUGUUUUUCUUCUCCCCUUCCCCCCCACCCCAGAGCAAGGUGUUUCUGACAGGAGGCUUAACUUGUUUUAUGGCCUUGUCUAAAAUGUUGAACUGUAAUGGUGCCCUAGUUUUCUAGUAACAAAACUGUCUCAUUUUAUCACAUUCAGUAGGUUUUUCUUCUUGGAAGUAUGUGCCAAAUGUGAAAUUAAUUGGCUUUGCAAGUGGUCACUAGUCUUCUUUCUGAUGUUGGUUAAUGCAAUUCAUUGGCACUUUAUUAAGACAAAUAUCAUUAUGCUAACAAGAGACCUAAAUAAAUGCACUUUUGAAAAUGCUGUAGAGCUGUUAUACUCCAUAACUCUUCUGUCUAGCCUCCUAAGGAGCCCAUGGAAGAACAGAAAAUACUGGCAGUUUUCAGUAAUCAGGAAGAGCAGUUGGGCAGAUAAAUUGUGUUUUGAUGGGGGAAUUUAUUAAUUUUUUCUAUCUGAUAGUAAAUACCAUGUAAACAGUUCUGUUAGAUUUGGUCACUACUUGUGCAUAAGGACCAGAACUGCAUCUUUGUGGGUAUGUUCUAUUCUAGAACCACAAAAAAGCUCCCGGCGUCUUGGCCCUGUCAUUGGAGUGCUUGCUGAAGUGUUUAAGUCCAACUUAAAAAACAUUCUUGACCUUUUUUCCUCUUGAUAAACUCAAAGCACAUUUUUACUUUGGAGAAAGUGGAAGGAAAAAAGACAGCAUCUGACUUUUCUCUACAAGUCUUCAGCUUUUUUGUUCUUGUCUUACUUUCUUGCCUGCCUAUACACUGCUCGUGUUUAGACAGUCUAUACCUCACAAUUUGAAACUGAGAUGGGUGUUGCUUGGAAGUCCAUAUGCAUUUGCAUUCUGUGACAUGGUGACUACAAGCUUUAGGGUGGCAUUUUAUGUAGCCAAUAUUCACGGUAAACAUGAUGACAUUUUUAUCUCUGUACCUCCAAAAUAAUUAGACUUUUUUAAAUUGUCAUCAAAUGUUUGCUGUGGAUUCUGGAGUACAAGAAGGUUUGCAGUGCAUGAAAGCAGGCACAAGUGCAGUUUGUACUGCUUACCUUCAAAAUUUAAUCAGUUUGACAGCAAAGGUUAUGGCUUUCUUUAUAAAUGAAAUUUAGCUUUCGUCUGCACAGAAAAUUCUCCUGGAUAAGCUGAAGUGACGGUUAAUGUACCAGUACAACUGCUUAUUUUGUUGUCUUGUACAACAUUGCUUCUUUUCUGCUAGCUUGUAUGUCUUUGGGUAGCUUUGACCCUGCAAUGAAUGUGCAUUGAACCAUUUUGCAGUUACAGUGGUGGUGGGGCCAUGUCCUUAGCCUUGAACAGCUGAUAGGCUGCCAGUGUGUUAACUGAUAUGUACAGUGUUUAAUCUUUCCUCUCUGCAUCUCUCUGAGUGCACAGGCACAAUUAAGAUAGCAUUUGGCAACUAGUCAGCUUUAAUUGCUCAUGGUGUAUGCAGAAUAAUAUGAUUUUUUUUCCAUUUUUUUUUUUAGUCUAACCCUUUUACUGCGGGUUAAGCUGUGCUUGCAGACAGUUACUGCAACUUAGCUGCCUGAUAAUUAACUCUUUAAACCACUGUAAUUUCAUCAUGUGCCUGGACCAUCAGACACAAAGUGUUUAAGCACCACCCAAAAGAAAUCGUCAUUUAAAAGCAUCACGUAAGCUCAAUAUAAUUCAAACAAGUACAAUCUGUGUGUAUGAAGAGGAGAUGUGGAUGCUUUUAAGGAGCAGCAUCUGCUUUAUAAAUACGAGCUAUGAAAGGCUUCCAAAUGUCCCCUCUGUUCAUCAAAUGUGAAUGUGAUCUUCUCUUAGGAAGCCAUCUGGAAAAUAUUGUGAAAGGAAUGAGGAGUCUGCGAGAAAUACUACGAACUGUAGAAACAAAAGCUACUCAGACCUUCAAAAUGACUGCAGCCAAACAGUUAGCCCAAGUACUUCUCCAUUCCCUCAGUGAAGACUGUUACUGGAGCCCUUUAUCUGAUCCACUUCCUGAGUUCAUGAACAAGGAAUAUCAGUCUUAUGUUAGCAAUCUUCUUUGUCGGAGGCCUGAGCUGUACUCAGAAGAGAAUGUGUACUGCCCUCAAGACAAUGUAGAAGAGGCUCUUCUCCUCCUCCUAAUCAGUGAAUCCAUGGCAAACCGGGACGCAGUGAUCAGCCGAGCCCCAGAGCAGCAGGAUGACCGAGCCGUCAGCCUCCGGGAUGCUUCUGCAGUCUACGACCUCCUCAGCAUCACGCUGGGCAGAAGAGGGCAGUAUGUGAUGCUGUCUGAGUGCUUGGAGAGAGCCAUGAAGUUUGCGUUUGAUGAAUUUCACCUCUGGUACCAGCUUGCCCUGUCCAUGGUAGCUUGUGGAAAGUCGGCAUAUGCUGUGUCAGUGCUCAAAGAGUGUGCUAAACUGCGACCUACGGAUCCCACCGUUCCUCUUCUGGCUGCCAAGGUCUGCAUUGGGUCACUGCACUGGCUAGAAGAAGGAGAACACUUUGCUAAAAUGGUGAUAGACCUGGGUGAGGAUGCUGGAGAGUCCCUAGCAAAAGGUUACCUGGCACUGGGCCUGACAUACAGCCUUCAAGCUACUGAUGCUACUCUAAAGAGCACUCAGGAUGAAUUAAACAAGAAAGCACUUCAGACUUUGGAGAGAGCACGUGACCUGGCCCCCGAAGAUCACCAGAUCAUCCUCUACCUGUCACUGCAGCUGGCUCUUGUCAGACAGAUUUCAGAUGCUAUAGACCAUCUUCAAGAAGCCCUGCAACUGUGCAAAGAUGACAUGAAUUCACUUCAUCUACUGGCCCUCCUCUUUUCAGCUCAGAAGCACUAUCAACAUGCACUGGAUGUUAUCAACAUGGCUGUUGUUGAAUAUCCAGAAAGCUUUAGCUUACUCUUCACCAAAGUAAAACUGGAAUGGAUACAUAAAGGACCUGAAGAGGCUCUGGUGACAUGCAGACAUAUGCUGCAGAUGUGGCAGAUGGUAUACAGUGUUUUACAGCACAGUGGCUCUGAGAAAGGAAGUAGUGUGACUGAAACACCAGUAAUCAAAAAGCAUAAUGGACUGCAUCUCACUCUCCCAGAUGCUCAUGACACUGAUUCUGGAUCACAACGAGCCUCUUCCCUUGCUGCAUCAAGACUGGAACAAGCCAUGUCUGAAAUAACUAUGCAGAGCAGCACAAUGAAGCAAGGACCUGUGAAGCUCUGGACAACACUUGAACAAAUUUGGCUACAAGCUGCUGAACUUUUCCUGGAACAGCAGCAUCUCAAAGAAGCAGGCUUUUGUACCCAGGAGGCAGCUAGUCUUUUCCCCACAUCUCAUGCUGUACUGUACAUGCGUGGGAGGCUUGCAGAGAUGAAAGGCAAUUUGGAGGAGGCUAAGCAAUUGUAUGAUGAAGCGCUCACCGUGAAUCCAGCUGGAGUGGAAAUUAUGCACAGCCUGGGCCUGGUGCUGAGCCGACUUGGGCGGAGGGAACUGGCCCAGAAAGUCCUCAGAGAUGCCAUCCGGAUCCAGACCACCAGUCACACUGCCUGGAACAGCCUUGGAGAGGUCUUGCAAGCUCAGGGGAAAAACGAAGCAGCCAUCGAAUGUUUCCUUACUGCCCUAGACCUUGAAUCCAGCAGUCCUGUCAUUCCAUUCACCGUCAUACCCAGGGAGCUCUGAAGCUGCUCCCUGCAGCUGAGCACUUUCAUUGCCUGGACAGACACCAAAACCAAGCAGAUAAACAAAGAAGAAGCCCAACAGGAAAAGUGCCAUUGUAACAUGGAACUGGGCUAAGUAAUUCCAGGAUGGGGCUCAGGUCUACAGGCUUAGCUUAGACAAGCCAAACUGAAGAGGAAUUUGCAGCAGGCAGGAGCAGAGAAUGCCUUUUUCUUUGCAGGUGCCUGGCUGAGCUCCUGUUCAAGUUAAUAGCAAGGCUUAUUUCAAGUGCUGGUUCAAGGUGACUGUAGAAAAAUCAUGCAAGGGUACAGCUGUUCAAAGCACUUGCACCUUUCAGUGUUCAUUGAAAAUAAACCCCUCAAGUCCUGAAUUAAAGCCCAGAAAUGCUCUAAAUAGGAGUAAAUUCACCAACUAACUUGAGCAAAUUGUGUUUAAGUAUAUGUCUGUCUCCCCACAGAUCUGACAGGACAAGAAUGACAAUUGCACCAAAUAGAUAUACAAUAUACACUGUUUACAAAAUUACUUCAUCUAUUUUGAUAAUCCUUUUCCUGCCUUGCUUUUAUAUACUGUAUAUGCUCACUAUAUUUAGUGUAGCACUUGCCUAGACCAAUUUAAAAUUAAAUUUUAGUUUUAAAUUAAAAAAUACUUUUUAAAAAAUAAAGCUGCUAUUGGAGUAUAACUCACAAAAGCAGUAAGACCAAAGACCAAAUCAGUUCACACUUGAACUAGUAUUAAAACACAUAAAUAUUUCCACUUACGUAUUUAUUGAAAGGCCUUACAUGAAGUAACUAAUUAUAAGCUCUGAGCUUCAUUCUUAUUAAUCACCUAUUGCAUCAGUUUAGUGAGGAAUAUAGUGUUUACCAGUAUAUAGUGAUUGAACUGUGUGCUCUACUGCGUUACCAUUCCUGGCACAAAACAUUUUCAUAUCCAUCUUUUGAUGAUGCAAAAGAAGGCAGCAGUCCUUUAAGGGAAAGUGUGCUGAAAGCAGUAUGUGUGUAUAUGAACUGCUUCUUCCUUAAAACUAAAUCCUUGGGUUGUCCAUAGAAAUUUCACAUUAGAGGUACGGAGUUGAGCCUUCAGUGGCAUCAUUUUGCAUCUCCUAUCAGGUGUAAUAGUGAGGAGCUUCUGAUCCACACAGCGUCCCCAUGGCUGGCACAGCCAGGGAGGGGACACAGCUGGUACAGCCACUGCUAAGCUGCUCCUUAGCUCUGCGUGAGCUCCCCAGGGCCUUGGCAGUGAGGUGGAGCUGGACUGUGCUGUCACACGACAGCCAGCCCUGUCCAGACCAGUCCCAAGGUAAAGAUGAUGCAGCAAUUUGCUGCAUUUUUCUACAAAAAAUAAAGAAAAGGUUGGGGCUUUGCACCCAUUUUUGUCCAAAGAUUUGCAACGAAUUAGUAAGUAAGUUUGCACUAAAGCACACUUUGUACUAUAAUUCUGCCCAGUAUUGUGAUCCACAACUAGUUCAUUCUGGAAAUAAUAAUAUCCUCAGGCAAUAAAUAAGAUGGCGUUGUUUCUUACAGAGCCUGAGGCUCUGGCAGCA